CGCUGGAGUUUUCGAUUAAUUGAACUUCAAAAUAACAUUUGUGUAUCUGUUGUAAUCCAAUUUACCGUUUAUCGUACCAGUUUAAAUAACAUAAACAUGAACACACGUACCUCAAGCUAACGAAACGACGCUUGUUUGUACAGUUGCUUUUAAAGUACGAAUGAUUUUUGUAAUUUUCGAUGAAACAAUAAGCACUUUCAUUCAUUGAACGCUUGAUCGUCAACUCAAAACUUCCAAAGCGAUGUUUGGAAUUUCGGUUCCCCGGUGAUAUAAACAGAGUGAACUCAAGUCCAGGAAUUGCCCGCUGCCCAAAGCAGCAAUGAUUACGUCCAUGUUACUUCAAUCAGUGGUGUUCCUUGUUAUUCUGCGCGUCAGGAUUUCGAUUUGUUGGCCAAUCGUGAAUGGAAUAGUUCCAAGAGCAACUGAUCAGUUUAAAUUUGCCGUAUCGCUACAGCAUGCCAACCAGGCUAGUGGUCUGUCACACUUUUGCGGUGGAACGUAUAUUGGCAACGGAUGGAUUGUAACUGCGAACCACUGCGUCGUUGGGUUUGAAAUCGGAACGAUAUAUGCGUUUGUAGGAGGACUGUCUCUAAACAAGAGCAGCCACAAUCACCUGUAUUUAGUUGAAGAAAAGAUUUCUCAUCCUGACUAUAAUCGAAUCUCAUUGGCUGGAGAUAUAGCAUUGCUUCGUUUGGAGUCUUGGAACGAUAGUUUCCAUGUGUUAGACGACACGAUCGAAGAAACACUCUCAUUACCUUCGAAAGCACUCACCGGAGAAUAUAAUUCACACGUUUUGAACCUAAUCGGUGAUUCCGGACAGGAAAAGGAAGCCACGGAAGACGAGUUUGGAUCAGAAGAGUGCCUAAUCUAUGGUUACGGUUCUGCCACGUUCUACGGUGCGGGUAGCGAUGACUUGCAGUUCGGGCCGGUGCAACCUCUUGGCCACAAAGAUUGCACGGACAUGCUGGGCCCGGUAGUAGCUCCUUCGCGAGCGGAUUCGGGAAUGUUUUGCGCUAUUGGCUAUGCCGAUGCUUGCCGGGGAGAUUCCGGUGGAGGAUUAGUGUGCCGACCUCGACUGUCCACGCCGUGGGAAAUGUCUCUCGAGAGAAACAGCUCGUACAUCCUUCGUGGCAUCAUUUCCUAUGGCGCUGGGUGUGGCGUUCCCGCGUCGCCCGAAGUCUACACUGAUGUUGGAUUUUAUUGGAAUUGGAUCAACGAGAUCAUAUCAGGAUAGUUAAAUUAAAAUUGCUCAUGAUAUUCUUCUUUUAUUUAACUUUAGUUAGUAAAGCUUCUUAUUCUGUGUAAAAAAUAGUGCGUCUUCCUAGCAAGACCGACUAGCUGUUAUUCAUUUGUAUAGCCAAAUUUACAUUUCCAGAAAGCGUAAGCUUGAGCUUGUACUCGCUUAUAGCACUUACAAUUUUGUUGUUUAGAUGACAAGGGGUCAACAUCGUUGGAUGCAUACCGUUUUUGAUAUCAAAAAUAAAACAAUUAGUUUCAUUUAAU